AUGCAAGAGAAAAGCGUCCCAACAAAUGAAAAUGGGGUUUUGUUGGUGUCGUCCGAAGACAUCCCACGAACGCUCAAACAGCGCAAGAAGAAUUGGAAAUGUGUCUUUCCCAACUGUAAUGAACCACUUAAGACAAGAUUCAAUUGUUACGCGCACGUUUGGGACAGUCAUUUAAGGGCGUAUUACACUCAAAAUUUCCCGAAUAUGUACCCAGUCACUGCUUUUAAGAAAACAGCAGACAAAAAUCCAAUGAAAGUUUUAGCUGAGAAAUAUAUGAUUCAACUCGUUGAAAAACCUCCAUCAAAACAAAGAAUAGAAACUGAUCAGAAGCAAAAAAUACAAAUCCAAAAUACAACACAAAAUGAAAACAACGUUCUUAACACUACAAACAACCCUAUUGAGACUAAUGGAACAACUCAAACAUAUAAUAAUAUAACAAACCCGUGUGAGACUCAAGUCAAUAACACACAAACGCCAAUUUCUGUGAAACAAGAAGAACACCACACGUCGAGCCUUAAUGAGACAGAACAAAACUUGUCGGAUUUGUCGGGAACAACUCCUUUUGUUCCUGAUAAUCAGAACUACCCAUUCGCAUUUUUGAAUGGAUUUAAACAACUGAAUUAUUCACAGCCAACGUUCAUCCAACAAUACCCACAACAGUGCACCGUUGCUGUGGAACAACAAAAUUGGGACCAACAACAAAACGUCAAUGUGCAAACAGCCCAACAACCACAGAACUCCGACGACUUCAUUAAAAUCGAGCAAAUCAGCGAGCAAUUAAAGCGCCUUCAUGUGUAUGGUGAGAUCUUUGCAGAGAAUGGGUAUUUGGUGCGUUCCGAUGCGAGAACAAAGACAGACAUCACACGAAUUGAAGACGCUUUGUCUUCCGUGACUGGUCUUGUUGGGCGGAAAUACGCAUACAAGACAGACCCAACGAAGGUGAAGUGUGGGUUUGUAGCACAGGAGAUGCAAGAGGUGUUACCGGACUUAGUCCAGAAAGAUGCGGAUGGCAAUUUGAGUGUCGAUUACCUUGGGGUAGUGCCUUAUAUCGUCGAAGCGCUGAAGACCAUUCAUCAAAACACAUUAGAACUCCAGUCGAAUGCUAAGACGGAGUACAACGACUUGUCAAA